UGUCAGUCGCUGAGAGCCAUACACCCCUCACCUGCACAUACACACAUAACACACAUACACACUCGCCCCACGCCUUCACCUCCUGCACUCUUCAUCCCCGCCGCACAUCACCGGUGAGUCUGACCGGAUGAGCUACCCGGUGGACACUGCAGGGAGCCCCUUCAGGAGAAUUAUGGAUACUAGGACGACCGGCUACGGCUACAGCCGCUCCGGCAGCUCCCCUUCCAGCGGUUUCCGCUCCCAGUCCUGGUCCCGGGCAAGCCCCGGCUCCACCAUGACCACGUCCUACAAGAGGAGCGUGAAUAUGCCGGUGUCCCGAGCCUACAGCUCCACGGUGCUCAGCUCCGCCGAUAGUGUUGACUACCAGACCUCCAUGAUGAACGGAGACUUCAAGCGAGCCAAUGAGAAGGAGCAACUUCAAGGGCUCAACGACCGCUUUGUUGUUUACAUCGACAAGGUGCACUACCUGGAGCAGCAGAACAAGCAGAUCGAGGAUGAGAUCCAGGCGCUGCGACAGAAACAGGUGUCCCGCUCCCAGCUGGGCGAACACUACGACCAAGAGCUGCAGGAGCUGCGAUCCAUGCUGGAGCAGAUCAACCACGACAAGACGCAAAUCCAGCUCGACACGGAUCACAUCGAGGAGGAUAUCCAGCGGCUGAGGGACCGCUUUGACGAAGAGGCUCGCAUCCGUGAGGAGACAGAGGCCAUUAUCCGCGUCCUGAGGAAGGACAUGAGCGAGUCGGAGUUGGUGAAGUCUGAGUUGGAUAAGAAAGUUCAGUCGCUGCAGGAUGAGAUCGCCUUCAUCCGCAACAACCACGAGGAAGAGGUGAGCGACCUGAUUGCCCAGAUCCAGGCGUCUCAGGUGACCGUGGAGAGGAAGGAUCUGCAGAAGACAGACAUCACCGAGGCUCUGCGGGAGAUCCGCUGCGAGCUGGAGGGUCACUCCAACCAGAACCUACAGCAGGUGGAGAACUGGUUCAUGUGCCGCUACUCCAAGCUCACCGAGGCUGCAGAGCAGAACAAGGACGCCAUAAAGUCCGCCCGUGAUGAGAUAUCCGACUACCGCCGCCAGCUCCAGUCCAAGACAGUGGAGUUAGAAGCCAUCCGCAGGACAAGAGAGUCUCUGGAGAGGCAGCUGAACGACAUCGAGGACCGCCACAACAACGAUCUGUCCAGCCUGCAGGAGACAAUUCAUCAGCUAGAUAAUGAGCUCAAGAGCACCAAGUGGGAGAUGGCACGUCACCUGCGCGAGUACCAGGACCUGCUCAAUGUCAAGAUGGCAUUGGACAUUGAAAUUGCUGCAUACAGGAAACUCCUAGAAGGCGAGGAGACUCACUUCAGCACUUUCCCCUAUCGCCAGGUGGUCACCCCCACCAAAAUCUUUAAGUCUAAAUCAGACGCUCCCAAGCUUAGGGUGCAGCACAAGUUUGUGGAGGAGAUCAUCGAGGAGACAAGGGUGGAGGAUGACAAAACUGAUAUUGACGAGGCCCUGGCAGAGAUAGCACAAGAGCUGUCCGCUACACUCGGAGGAGGAGACGAAGGAGAAGAAGAGGAGGGGGAAGAGGGAGGAGAUGGAGAGGAAGGAGAGGGUGAGGAGCAAGAGGGGGAGGGUGCAGAGGAGGAAGUUGUAGCUGCAACCGAAGCCAAAGUUAGCUCUAGCGCACCUGAGGAAGAAGAGGAAGAGGAUGGAAAAGAUGAGGAUAAGGAAGCAGAGGGAGGUGAAGAAGAAGAGAAGGAAGAAGAUGGUGAGGGAGAGGAUGAGGGAGAAAAGGGUGAUGAUGCAGAGGGAGGAGAUGAAGUAGAAGGAGAUGAUGGAGGAGAAGAGGAGGAAAUUGAGGAGACAGUGCUCUGCUCCAAAGCACCCGAGUCUAAAGCCUCUCCUGACCAAGAGAAGGCUGGAGACAAAGAAGGCAGCGCAGGAGAAGAGGAAGCUGGUGCCGACGAGGAAGAGGGAGAACAGGAAGAAGAUGCCACCAGUGACAAAGCAUCCAAGAGCGGAGAUGAGAAAGAGGAAAAAGAAGAUGCUGAGAAAUCCUCAAAGGAAGACAGCAAAAAAGACGAGAAGAAAGAUGACAAAGCGGAAGACAAAUCAGAAGAAAUCGUGGCCAAGACAGACGCUUCAAAAACCGAAUCUGCAAAGCCUGAGUCCAAGAAAGAAGAGGCAGCCAAAACUGAGGCAUCAAAACCUGAUUCUCCAAAGUCUGAAUCCCCUAAACUUGGAUCCCCAAAGUCUGAAUCCCCUAAACUUGGAUCCCCAAAGUCUGAAUCCCCUAAACUUGGAUCCCCAAAGUCUGAAUCCCCUAAACUUGGAUCCCCAAAGUCUGAAUCCCCUAAACUUGGAUCCCCAAAGUCUGAAUCCCCUAAACUUGGAUCCCCAAAGUCUGAGUCCCCUAAAGUUGGAUCCCCAAAGUCUGAGUCCCCUAAACUUGGAUCCCCAAAGUCUGAAUCACCCAAACCUGUUUCACCAAAGUCCGAAUCACCCAAACUUGGAUCCCCAAAGUCUGAAUCACCUAAACCCGAGUCUCCCAAAUCGGAAAUUCCCAAGCCUACAUCUCUGAAGCCUGAUUCCCCCAAAGAAGGCUCACCAAAGGCUGGAUCCCCAAAACCAAGCUCCCCGCAAGCCGAGUCUCCCAAGUCGGAAUCUCCAAAACCUGAAUCUCCUAAAGCUAAAUCCCCAAAGACCCCCAUGCCCGAGACCCCUAAAGCUGCUGAAGAGAUAUCAGAGAAGAAGAGCGACUCAACAGAGGAGAAGACUGUUGAGAAGAAAGAUGUUUCCAUGAAUGGAGGAGAAGAAAAGAGCAGCCCAGAUGAGAAGGAGAAGAAGGACGAGGAGAAAGAAACCGACGUGGUCUCCAACGGCGUGGACGAGAGCCCGGUCAAGGAGGACGGUAGCCAAAAAGUAGUGAUCACCAAAACCGUGGAGACAAUCACCACUGGAGAGGAUGGAUCCAAGCGCGUCACCAAAUCUGUCACUGUGACCGAGACAGUGAAGGAGGAAUCAGAGGAGGUGAAAGAGGAGGUGCUGGUCUCCACCAAGAAGUCAGAGAAGCACUCCUCCCUGUCCAUCAAGCAGGUGACAGAGGGCGAAUAAGCUGAUUCCUGACCGGUGAUCUUGCGGAGAUGAGCAAGUGAAGAGGACAGGAAGACAAGCAAUCAACCCAAACUAACAUAACAAAGAAACUCAUACAGCUAGAGCGAUAAAUAAAGAUAACAACUCUCAAACAUACGAAACAAAUCAUAGAGAGAAGCCAAACUUAAAUGCUACCAAUUUCAAAAAUGCAUGUUGAGUGACAGCUUUAAACGGGCUUGCUGCAGUCAGUAGCGAGCGACUGAAACAUUUUAUCCUCUUUGUCUUUCUUCUGCAGUUCACCGGGCGAGCUCACGGGAGGGAGGGAGGGGAGACUCUGCAUGCAAUAGCUCAGGAGAGGCGGGAGUGCUUCACUUCCUUAUCUGUAUGUAUGGUAAAUACACUGUAAAAAGAGUAAAUAUGUAAAAGGAAUAAAUGUAACGCGGAUGGGAGAGUGAGAUAUAUUCUUAAAAGCUGAGUUUUUCUGACGUUAUGUGAAAGGGGUGGGCAAGUAGGUCCCCAAGUGCUCUACUGAAGACGCCUUACUUGACACGUGAAGACACAAACUGAGCCAAAAAGAAACUAACAACACAA